AAUGGAAAGCGGGUAUAAGCUGCAAUAUAUCAAUUAGUAAAUUGUUUGGGUUUGCCAGUCUAGCUUUCCAAUUUGUUUUGUAGUGAAACAGUGAUCUACGAAGAUGAAUGACCACGAACAAAAAAUUAUGGUCCUACGGAAAGCUUUUCAGAUGUUUGAUACGAAAAAAUGCGGAUACAUCGAAACCAUGAAAAUUGGCACCAUCCUCAACACUAUGGGUCAACUCUUUGAUGAGGUAGAACUCAACAGUUUAAUUACAAAAAAUGAUCCCGAUAGAACGGGUCGAGUGAACUUUGAUGGUUUCUGUGAUAUUGCAACACAUUUCCUUGAAGAAGAUGAUGCAGAGUCCACCCAACAGGAACUUAAAGAAGCCUUUAGAUUAUAUGAUAAAGAAGGUAAUGGUUACAUCACAACCGGUACUUUGAAAGAAAUAUUGAGAGCACUUGAUGAGAAGCUUACUGGCAGAGAACUUGAUGGCAUCAUUGCUGAAAUUGAUACAGAUGGGUCAGGAACGGUUGAUUUCGAUGAAUUCAUGGAAAUGAUGACAGGUGACUGAUCGAAUACAUGGUAGGACCAUACUUAUUGCAACAGUAACGACUUUAUAUAACAGUUAUUCAUGUACAAUGAAAUAAUUUUGUCUGUAUCCUUCACUUCUGAUGAUACUUUCAUAUCUAUAUGUACUGUACGUGAUAUAUUUAUUACCAGACUACGUUAUUCCCAUCUGAAGGGAUACCACAAGGCAAGCAAGACAAACAAGGGUGAGAUACCUAUUUGAUGUACUAAUUAACUUGUAUGUAGCAUAUAACCAAUAAAAAAUUAUAUUCAU